CACAUUAGGCAGAAAUUUACACCUUCUAGCCUGGGAAUGAAGACUCGUCAUAUUCUGAACUGUCUUGUCAUUAGCCAUCAUGGCAAAUCGUGAGGAAAGGCAUUAUCGAAUAAUGGAGUUUCAAUCAAAUGAGGAGGUUGUUUAUGAAGAGCCAGUGGCACCAAAGGAACACUUGCUGCUGUACAUGCAGGACUUGAAGGAAGAAGGCAAUGCAUUUUUCAAGGAAGAAGAUUAUCAAAAUGCCUGGAUGUUUUACAGCAAAGCACUCAAUGUGGCCAUGGAUUUAAAGAUGCAUUACUACGAGAAUGUGGACAGAGCCUUUCUGUCGGCUUUAUUCUCAAACAGGGCAAUGUGUUGUCUGAGACAAAUGCGGUAUGCUGAUGCUGUUCAAGAUUGUGACUGGGCUAUCAGCAUAGAUGAUGACAAUAUUAAGGCCCAUUAUCGUAAAGUACUGGCAUUGAAAGGCAUGAAGGAAUACAGGAAAGCAUUGAGGGCAGCUGAAGCAGGAAUGAAGAAGCAAUCAUCAACAUUUUUCAAGGAUUUGCUAUUGGAGCUGCAGGAUUUGAUCGCUGCUGAAAGGUCGUACCCAUUCCCCCCCCUACACAGGAAUUGGGGCCAUCGGGUGUCAUUAGAGGUGGAAGACGUCUCAUCUGAACAAGAACCUGAUAGUGAUUGGCUUAAGGGCACUAAUGUGCAUGUGACAGAGGAAUAUUUGGAAAGGAAAACUAAAAUGCCACCAAAAAAGAAGAAAGGAAAAAAGACAGGAGGUAAGAAGAGAGCAGCUGAACAGGCACCCAAGGAGGCCUCCAAAGAGCUCUCUGAGGGUUGUGAUGGCGUGAAGAACAUUCAGAGUGGGACAGAAAGUGAUGAGAACAAUUUGGAGGCCGAUGAAUAUUUUGUCAGAUCUUACUGCAAAAUACGAGGAGAGAGUAGCACCAGCGUUUCAAAGAAUGCUCAUCAAGAGAUGACGGGAUCUAAACUAUCCAGAACUGAUCUGCACAAUAACUUAUCUUCACCAAGUAAAGCUGUAUCAGAGAAGAAAAUUGAGAUACCUAAAGCAUCUUCCCAUGGCAAAGGCAAGAAGGUCAAAUGUCGAUUAUCCGAGCUGCAGAGGACGUUGUUGGAGUUGCCGAUAAGGGAGGAAUAUGACUUCAAGCUAGCCUGUAAGGAGUGCUUUGUUAAGUUACGUGAGGGAAAGAAUGGUAGUAGGCACGUGGUGAAUCAGAAGCAUCCUUGUACCCGAGACUUGCUAAUUGUGAGAGACCGCCAGCGGUCAGGCCCAGGCUGGAUGAAAAUCCGAAGACGACCACAUAUAAAAGCCCAACACUUCUUUGGAAACUUCAGACUCUGUCAGCAGUAUGCUCAGGGGCAGCCAUGUCGUCUAGGAGACGAAGACUUAUGUACCUUUUGUCAUAAUCAGCCUGAACUAGAUCUCUGGACAUUUGACAGAAAAGGCUCAUUCAAUAUUGACGCCUUCAUGAAAACAGCUGCAGAAUUGAAGCUGUAUGAGAGUGCAGAGUUAACGAAGGCUAUGGGGAAUGUGGCUGUGAAGAAACAAAAUGUUCCAGGCAUGUUGUAUAAACAUGGACAGUCCAAAUCUUGUCAGUCACUGAACAUUGACCUGCCGUACAGCUUACCACAUUCUCCCUCCCAAAAUGUUACUUCCCUGAAUUUAGCAGGAAAAGUCGUGAGACCAAAAUCAGGACCAGUGAAUAGUGUUCCCGCCAAAGUCCCACAGGUAGAUCAAACUGGGGGAUCCAGAAAUGGACAACAAGUGAAUAGUGUUCCCGCCAAAGUCCCACAGGUAGAUCAAACUGGGGGAUCCAGAAAUGGACAACAAAUGAAUAGUGUUCCCGUCAAAGUUCCACAGGUAGAUCAAACUGGGGGAUCCAGAAAUGGCCAACAAGUGAAUAAUAUUCCCGCAGAUGUACCAUACUUAGGAUAUCAAACUGGGGGAUCUAUAUUUGGACAACAAGUAGACAGUAUUCCCGCAGAUGUCCCACACUCAGGAUAUCAAACUGGUGGAUCUACAUUUGGGCAAAUGAAUGGUGUACCCUCUAGAAGUGAUCAAACUUUAGGAUCUAGAUUUGGACAAACUCAUGGCGUAUCCUCUGGAUCCUCACAUGUAGGCAAUCAGACUGAAGGAUCAAGACAGCCACAGCAGAUCAACAAACUUCCCUCCUGUAGAUCUAGUGAGUACCCGGCAGAAACUUUGCAAAAUGACUGGCAUUUUCAGACAUCAUUGACCUUCACAAAUUCUACCUGUUCCAAUCAAACGUUGUCCUAUGGAGCUGAUGGACCAGUGGUCCAUCAAGUGCCAACACUAGGCUCCUUUUUGCCUGAUGUCUUGUCAGUGCCAACUAACCUAUUUCCAGACCAGCCAAAUGUUCUGAUGAAUGAUUUAAGUGGCCAGGCACCAACGGUAACUAAGCAUGUACCAGCCCAGCCACCUGUGUUGACCAACAAGCAACCAUCUAUGAUGAUUCACCAGUAUCCACCCCAGGCACAGAUUUUCAAUGACCAUUUCCUGUCUAUGCCACCACCACCACCAACGAACCACUGUCCGAUCCAUCAAGCACCAGCCCACCAGGGUCAGACAUCAAAAACACAGUCUGUUCCUAAACUGACAAAUCCACUGGGGGGCAAGUAUGACUUUAAAAUUGUUUGCAGCCAGUGUUUUUGCUUUACUGGAUUUCCUGGCAGUUACAAGUACAAAAACCACACACAUAAAUGUGAAGAGAAUAUGUUAGCCAUGAUUUGCUGCAGUACUAAGAAAUGGGUGAGGGUGCGAGAGAGAACUAGUCAUCGAGACUUUCCUGGCCAUUACAGGACGUGUGACAGCAUAACUUUGGGCAACCCCAGCCUGUGUAAAUUUAAAGAAGAGCGAUGUAGCUUUGCUCACAAUGAAGCAGAGAAGCUGCUUUGGCGAAUGGAAAAAGAAGAAAAAUGGAGUGUAACCGAAUUUAUCAUGCAGCAAAGAAGCAUUAACACCUAUGGUGGCUACUCUGCUUUGGAGAUCAUCAACAAGCAUCCGGGACAUUUUGAUUUUAUUUGUAGACUGUGCUAUUUUCAGUAUCAGCUUCUCAGUGGCCAGAUUGAUAAGAGCUGCAGUGGACCAGCCCGUCAUUCCUGGGAUCAGUGGAAAACAUUAGCCCAUUUUAGCACCUCUGGUGUGAUUACUCUUAUCAGCAAAAGAGGUUUCACAAACAAAACAGCUUUCUUCAAGAUCUGUAAAAAUCUCCAUUUCUGCCAUAAGAAUGUCUCAGGGGAUUGCCGAUUUGCCCACAGUUUUGUAGAGCGUGAUGUCUGGAUGCUGGAAAGAGAUACAGACAUCACACCAGAGCAGAUUGUUGUGGAAACGUCACAGCUGAAAGCAAAACAAGAUGGACAUGGUUUUGGUGACAUGAAUGCAGAAAAGAACGAAUCAAAGUGUAAUCUGGAAGAAACACCUGCUGUUCCUGAAGAAAUAACUUGUCCCUUCGUUAUUCAUAAAGUGUGUGGACUUUGCUUCAAGAAUGGCUCCAUGAAGUAUCAGGAUGGUACUAAAGAUCAGUGUAGCAAUCGAAACAAAGCUCAUCUGAUGUGGAGUAAGAACUGUAUAUACAUCAAUAUGGCUCACAAGAAAGAAGUUCGUCCUCUGCCCAACAAGAUCCCAGCAAACCUUAACUUUGUCAUGUGCCAACACAUACGGGAGAAGAAACGCUGCGACUACAAUCUUGGUGGCCCCUGUCAGUUUGCUCACAGUCAGGAGGAAAUAAAGAUCUGGCAGUGGAUGGUGUCCAAUAAAGUGAAAACCCUGGAGCAGCUGUUUAAGAUCAGUCAUCAGAGUCAGAAAUCCAUAUCAGAUCGUAAAGCUGAAAAAAUAUCUGCCCAGUUAUCAGCCCCAACCCAAGUAGCUGAAAGUGCUAGCAUACCAAUGAGUACCCGCUACUGCUGGUACUGUGGGGUCUCCUGUACUGGAGACAAACAGUGGGAUGAACACAGGUCUUCCCAGAAACACAGCCUCAACCUCAACUCUGACAAGGAACAUCCCUGGAAUUACAGGGAGCCACCAGUGGGAAUUGAAUACAAGCUUUGUGAGAAACAUCAGGAUGGUGAACACUGUGCAUACUCUUUGAAGCCGGAGAUGUACAACCACUGCCAGUUUGCUCACUCCAUUGAAGAACUAGAUGAAUGGCAUGAGCGCUACGAGUGGAGAAAAAUGAAACGUGAAAUGGCCAGACAGCAAAAUGUAUACUCAUACAUGGAUCAACUUUUAGAGCGCUACAACAGUGCGGAAUCAGGCUCUUCAGUGAUGGUUGAGUCACUUGAGAAUGUGGAUAUUAAGAUGACAGGGGACAGGUGUGUGUACCUGGAGAGUAAAGGAUCUGCUUAUGUCUGGGUGUUUGAAAUAAAGACAUUGGGAGAUGUAAAAUUGGAGAAGGUGGCGUUAUUAUAUAACAAAGACAGACUGCACUUUGAAUUGGGUGAUGCGAAAAACACUGACAGUUGUCAGUUCGCUCACGGGGAGAUGUUUGUUUCACCCGGGUCUUCUGAAAACAAGCAUUACUCUGUGAAAGUACAGUUCUCUGCAGCUAUGUUCGGAUCAUUCAAUCAGUGGGUGGUGUUUGACUUUGGCCUGGAUGUUGUUGUUGUUCGAAAGCUUCAGGUGGAGAUAGGAAGUAGGCUUAUACAUGAAAAGAUCAAACAUUUAAGGCAAGAACGCACAUUUGAUCGUUGGACUGGUGAAAAUCGCAAAAUAGUUCGGAUGCCCAAGGUUCUGGAUGAUUUUGAAAAACACCUUCUGUCUCGCUACAAACAACCUGAUUCCAGUGAGAGUGUUAUAACACAUGACAUGUUGGCUCAGGCGUUGAAUCGAAAUAACUACACCCACAGGAUGUCAAAGCUUUUACAGCUGGAGGAACUCGCUCGACACAAGAUCAUAUCCAGUUACAACAUGAUCACCACCAUUGAGCUGUCAAACAACAUAACUGAGGGAGAGUUUCUGUGUGCUCUCCCAGGAGAACUCUACGCUCAUGUCCCCCUCGAAGGGAAGGUGAAUGAAGAUACAGAUGCAGGAGAGCUCAUUCUGACCAGUGUGAACCACGUUCUUCUGGCUCCUCAAAACGACAGCCAGGAGUGUGUCUAUGAGGCGGCCAUUGUUUCCACUGGGACUGGUUACUGGCGUGGACAGAACUAUGUCUAUCUUCACCUUCCAGCAGAGUGUUGUUCAGCACUUAAACUGAAGCAUGGGGACAAACUGGAUGUGGAGAUCCAGUUUCAAUUGGACAGACUGGUUUUCUGUAAGAUGCAUUAUGCUGUGGAUCAGAUGGCAGUGAAUAUGGAUCUCCUCUUCCCUGACAUAUCUCAGCUCCCACGUGUGCUGGAUGCUGAGCAGGACUUUCAAGUGAGAACCUGCAUGUUGAAUCCUAACCAAAUCUCGGCUGUUCAUCACAUUGUUGCAAAGACAAAGGGUGCCGUCUCACCCCUGGUCAUUUAUGGACCAUUUGGCACAGGGAAAACGGAGACCUUAGCUCAGGCUGCAAUGUUGUUGUUGUCAGAGAGACCUGAUGCAAGAAUUCUGAUAUGUACAGAGGGUAAUAAUUCUGCAGAUUUGUACAUUGAGAAACAUCUCAAUCCUUUCCUGGAGAAAACUAGUAAAGGAGCAAAGAUGUUGCGUCUCUAUGCUCCAGAAAGGAGAGUGAGUACGGUGCAGCCUGUCGUACUCCAGUACUGUGUUCUCUCAUUGACCAAAGACCAUUUCCUCAUUCCAUCCAGACAAGAGGUAAUGAAUUACAAGGUGUGCGUAGCCACCCUGAAUAUGUCCCUAUACCUGGUCCACAAGCAGAUGCAGGGCGUCUUUACUCAUAUCUUUGUGGACGAGGCAGCCCAAGUCUUGGAGUGUGAAGCUAUAAAGCCUUUAUGCCUGGCCGACCCGAGCACAUGUGUGGUGUUAACUGGGGACCACAUGCAGCUUGGUCCCACUAUGUACUGUGAAGAGGCACGGAAACUGAAGUUUGAUCGCUCUUUGUUAGAGAGAAUGUGCAAUUUCUACAGGGAGACCAUCAACCACAUUUCUGAAAAAAAUGUUCCACACAUUCUGUUCAACAAAAACUACCGCUCAAAGAAGGAAAUUCUCCAGUUCAUUGCCUCAGUUUUCUAUGGGGGUCCAGAGACUUUGACCUCAGAGAGCCACAUACCGUCAGUUAGAGGUGUAAGCCCUCUUACAUUCUACUCUGUGCAGGGGCAAGAAUCACAGGAACACGAUAGCACGUCUUACUACAACAUGGCAGAGGUAGAAGAAGUGGUGGAGAGAGUUGCCGAACUUUACAACAAUUGGCCGAAAGAGUGGGGACCAAGAGAUGCUAGAUUAAUUUGUGUGACAGCGUCAUACAGUGAUCAGAUCAUCUACAUAAGGAGAGGCCUAAGAAGGAAGUCAACUGAGUUAAGAGAUGUGACUUGUCAAAAGGCCCAGAAUAUGCCAGGUCGCGAGUUUCGGGCUGUUUUUGUGACCACUGUGCGGACCCAACACUUUGCAGACACACAGGAUGUGGAAUGUAACCUGGGCUUUUUGUCAAAUCCAAAACUCUUGAACACAGCACUGACAAGAGCACAAAGCUUGGUCGCUGUGGUUGGCAACCCUGUGUCCCUUUGUGCGUUAGGACAGUGCAUGACCAUCUGGAGGUCAUUCCUAAAAGAGUGUCAAAACAUGAAAAGUAUUUACCCUAAGACAGUCACCAUGCAGACCAUAAAGCAGGGUGUUCAGAGCAUGUUGACAUCCAACAUGGGGAAGAAGCUUCUACAGAAUGCUGAGAAGAAUAGGUCCUCCAGCCGUUUUCCUGCAAUUGUUCCUGCAAAUAAGGAGUCUCAAGAUUUACCAGAAAUAUCUCAGGGGCACACAAGGAAUCCUGGAGCUGCCUCCAUUGUAAAUCAAAGCUCUCCUGCUAACCUGCCAGAACUGACUACUGACAACUUUUUGGAUGACUGGGACUGGGACUAUAUGCUGGAACCUGAUGACAUUAUCCAGCAGUUGGCUGAGCAAGAGGUCAAGUCUGAGCUUGUAGAACUUUAUGAGAAAGGUAAAAAACAGGGCAAAGGAGGAGAUGAAGGACUAAGUGUAGACUUUUCUGGGCCUCUGAAGAUGCAGUGUAUUGAAAUCAGAGAGCAACAUGGCCAUGCUGUUAUCUCUUACCCUCCCCUGGUGGAGGAAGUGAGAAAGAGAAAGCUAUUAUCGGCUGAUGAUGCUGGGAAAGAAUUUGACUCGGACAGUGAUAUAUCUGAUGUGGAGGAUGAAGGACGCAGAAAAAUCUACAAUGAACUAACUCAUCAAGAAUUGGUUACUCUUCUCCAGUCUGAUCCUGGUCAUUAUGUGCACUGUAUCCUUCACUGUGACAGUCGACGAAUGUAUGCAGAGAUCCUCAGCAAGGAAUGCGCAUUAGGUGAGGUGGAAAUCAGCUGUCGAAAAAGGUGUGGAAGAGCCUUUCAUGGGGAUGAAGUUGUUGUGAGAAUGUUGCCAAAAGAGGUUGUGAACAGUGACGAAUCCACUUCUGCUGAAACAGUACACGGCGAGGUUGUGGGAAUUCUGAAACGUAGCAUGAAUCCCGAAUACAGGGUGUUUGUUUGCACUGUGGAACCAAAGAAUACUGGUGUAAUGAUUCCACUGAACAGAGGUGUUCCAAGGAUAUAUAAUCUUUCCAUGAAAAAACAGCUGAAGAAAGCAAGGAAAGACGAGGUUCAAGUGUACAGAUUCAUGAAAGACAAGAGUAUAGUCCCAUACAAUUCUGUGAAAAUAAAUCCCCAAGAUCCUGAGAAGGAUUUAUUUGUUGUGAGAUACUUGAAGUGGGAUGCCAACUGUCCUUUGCCACUUGGAAUCGUUGUCGGUGUCAUUCCGCCUGGCAACAGCAUUGAAAAUGGAAUGGAAAUCCUGAAUAGAGAGUACCAGAUUCCCAAGAGAUAUUCUGCUGAGACAGAGAAAUUUGUACAAGAACAACAGUCCAAUAGUGUUCAACUUCCUCAUGAAGUCUUACAGAACAGACUGGACUACAGAGACAAAAUAGUAAUUACCAUCGAUCCCCCGUUCUCCAAGGACCUUGAUGAUGCACUCAGUCUUGAAAGAUUGUCUGAUGACAGGUACCUUGUAGGUGUCCACAUUGCUGAUGUUUCAUAUUUUGUCCCUCCUGGCUCUGCCCUUGAUCGUGAAGCUGCAGGAAGAGGAGUAUCUUUCUACCCAAUGAUAGCGGAAACCAUCCACAUGUUGCACCCACAUUUCAGCACAAAUGUUUGCAGUCUGCUCCCUGACACUGACCGCUUGACCGUUUCUGUCUUCUUCACAGUUUCCAGUGAAGGGGAAAUUCUAAGUGUUGAUCCUGAACGCUGUAUAAUAAAAGCAAAGUGCCUCAGCUACACAGAUGUAGAAAAUCUUCUCCAUGACACUGAGACGCCGCAUGAAGAUAUUAGGAGCCGCUUGCUAGCCUUGGGUAAACUUGCUCAGAUAUGGAGAUAUCAGCGUCUUGGUAAUGCUUACCUCUCUCAUCAAAUGGAUAUAGAAUCCCGAGAGUCUCCAAAUGCUCACCUGUUGGUAGAGGAACUGAUGAUCAUGACCAACCAUCAGAUGGGCGAAUUACUGAUAAAACAUUUCCCAGAAUGUACCCCGCUACGGCAACAACAGUUCCCUCACCCGGCUGCUCUGGAGAAGUGGAAAGAAACUCAUGCUGCUGCCGCCGCAAAUACUGUGGCCCUAACUAGACCAUUUCUUGAAGACUACUCCAUAUGUCAAUGUAAAAGAGCCUGCACGUGUGUGUUCAACUUUAUGAUGAGCCAGAAGAUAAUGGUCCCUCAGGAGGUUUCUUUGUUGACAUCCACAUGGGAGGCCAUGUGUCGAGAAGCUGAUUCGGGAAACUACAGAGCUGUUCAAGAGCUCAUUGUUCAGGCUGAAAACCACCCUAGUCAGAUGAUCGCUCAGUUGCAGCUGUAUAAAAUACAGGAAAGGGCCGUUUAUGUUUGCUCUGGAAGUCUGGAUAAGGAAGAAAUGGGGCAUUAUUCGCUGAAUUUGCCCUAUUACGUGCAUUUCACCAGCCCUAUCCGCAGGUAUGUUGACCUUGUGGCUCAGAGGCUAGUGUGUGCCCUGAUCGAUGGCAAACCAUGUCCUUACAGUCCGGCAGACGUUGAGAGACUGUGCAGAAAGACAACUGAUGCAUCUGUGUUGGCCUCUCGCUAUCACAAAGCCUGUUAUUUGCUACAGCUGGCAGCUGCUUUGAAAGAUAGGCCUUUGGUUGUCUAUCCUUUGGUAGAAGAAGUGUCUGAAGAAAAUGUGAAGUUGCAGAUUCCAUCUGUCCCUGAAAUUCCUCCACCCCAGAGGCAGGUGAAGUUUGCCCUCUUGGCUCCCAUCAAGAUGCCUGUUCUUAGUGAAGAACAGAAAAGUGUCAAGGUAUUUUGGCAGCAUCGAGUGUAUGAGUUGCCUGCUAACAACAUAGAGAAGAUAAAGAUUCUGCCUCAGCCUACGAUCAAGUUGAACCCUGACAAGUUUGUGUCAAAGGUAUCUGCCUACAAUUGGCAGCAAUUGCUUUGUGCAGCGCGACAGCCCGUGUCUGGUAAAAUUAGUGAUGGCAUGCAUCUAUCAACAAAGGGCAGUUUACCAGCUGUGUUUGAUUCCAUGAAGGGCUCGGUGAAAUGUCUGGUGAAAGAUGGAGAUUUCAGGACAGAUGUGACAUCAGAAGUUGAGAACAAUGAAACAAUUAUCAGACAUCUUAGAAGCUUCUCAACUGAUAUUCAUAACAGUGCUGUGUUGAAAGCUCAAGUGGCCUCCACCAUGUGUCAUGGUAUGCUGUCCCCAACACUGCAACUUCUCAGCCUCACACCACGGUUGGAUGUUUGUUUGGAGCAUCGCAGAGACCCAGCAUAUUGUUUUGCAUCUGGAAGCGCCAAACAAGCAUCAAGACUCAAUUACAAUAAUGAGCAGGCAUACAAGGAAGCAUGGCUUCCAGUCUUGAGCUUGGAGUCAGCAGUGUCUUCUGUGGAGAGUCAAGAUUCAUUGUUUGUACACAACGUGGACAUCAAGUGGCAUAAAACACAGAGCUCCAAAGGGCCUGAAGUGAAGGGGGAAUUCUCUCUUCCAAUCAGCUUUUGCAAAGAACGUCAGAUCAAGUAUUCAAACUCAUCUGCUGAUUACCUGUGCAUCAGGUACCCUGAGCUUCCCCUGCCUGAAAACACAGACCUCCAAAAGGAUGUGGCUGCUGUGGUGAAUAGUGGCCAGCCAGUUAGCUGGACAUGUCAUUGUUGGAUUACAAGCGUAAUGCCAAGGGAAAAAGAGGACAGAGUUUACAUUGAAUGUUACCUACAUAAAAGUGCAGUCCCUUUUCCAACCAUUUUUAGCCAGGCUGGAACUCCCAGCCCUCGUUGUACAGUGGAGUGGAUUCCAAGAUUUCUACCUGUCAGGAGAAUGGAAGAUGCUGUUCAAACAUUUGACAAGAAAUCUCCAAUUGCACUAGACAUUGCUGUUGGUCGAACUCCUGCUUCCCCAGCGAUUGUCUCGGACAUCCCUAAACUGACGGCAAUGCCUGUACCUGGAUUACCUCCCCCUAACAAAGUACAGAUGGCUGCAGUCACCCAAGCUCUAAGGCAACCCUUCAGCUUAAUCCAGGGCCCUCCUGGCACAGGGAAGACCAUGAUGGGCACAAGACUGGCUUAUUUGUUUGCUCAUCGUAACAGAUGUGUCAACACUGAAUCAGACAAACGACCCCAGGUUCUCUACUGCGGCCCUUCAAAUAAAUCUGUGGAUGUUGUUGCAGGUUACCUCAAAAAGCUGGGUUCCUCUUGUCCUAAGCUGGUCCGAGUGUACAGUGAGAACAUAGAGCAUAAAGAAUUCCCACUGCCUCGGGACCCCAUCCCCAUUAGGAGGCAGUCAAGUGCGGCCUCGGCGUCUGCCGACCCAACACUGAAGGACAUAGCUCUACACCACCUCAUCAGACACCCGUCCAGUGGUUACUCCAUACUGCUCCGAAUGUAUGAUGAGCAUUUUGCCAAAUGUCCAGAGGAUAUCAGUGAUGAGGAGGUGGAAGAAUAUCAUCGGCUAGUGACACAGGCAGAGAUUGCUGAGAUCAAGUCUGCCGAGAUCCUCCUCUGUACCUGCUCAGUGAGCUCCAGUCCCAGGAUGACCUAUGGCUCGAGUGUAAACCAGGUGAUCAUUGAUGAGUGUGGGAUGUGUACUGAACCUGACAGUAUGAUCCCAAUUGUCAACAGGCAUCCCAGUCAAGUCGUCCUCAUUGGUGACCACAAACAGUUACGGCCAAUCGUCGCUUCCCAGCAAGCAAGGGAUCUUGGCUUGGAGACUUCGCUAUUUGAACGUUACGCCCAGAAAGCCGUCAUGUUGACCUAUCAGUACCGUAUGCACAAGGGCGUAGCCCAGUUUCCUUCUAAUCACUUCUAUGAGGGUAAGCUGAUGUGUGGCACUCUUGCUCAAACCUAUCCAGCACAACUGAACAUCUGGCCCAAUGGCAGAGGAAGUCCGAUUGUGUUCUGCCAUGUGAAAGGGGUGGAGGAGACCCUCACAGUGAGCACAGAGGAAGGGAAUGAGCAGUCCAAGAGUAACCAGAAGGAGGCUUAUUUAGCGGUGCACAUCGUAUCUGCCCUUGUUAGACACUUCUCAGUGAAGGAGACAAGUGUAAAGGUGCUGUCACAGUACAAGGCUCAGUGUGGGGCCAUCCAGAGAGAGCUGACCAAACAGGGGCUUGACAACGCCUUGGUUGACACCGUCAUCUCCAGUCAAGGGAGUGAGUGGGAUUAUGUGAUUCUGUCCACGGUUAGGACUCUGCCCCCUGAUGAGAUUGAGCCCAGGCCUACAGAGGGAUGGAAACGCCGCCAUCUUGGUUUCAUCACAGACGAUCAUCAGAUCAACGUAGCCAUUACCAGGGCCAAGAAAGGGCUGUUUAUUAUUGGAGACAAGGAACUCCUGGAAUGCGACAGCAUGUGGAAAAAACUGAUUGCUCACUACAGAAAGACAAAGAAGCUGGUAGAAGAGACAGAACUUAGAGCUCUUCUCAGUAGACAAGGGAGAUAAUUUCACAGAACCGGAAUUACAAAACAGUGCUGGAUGUAGGACGUCCACAUGCUUAACAUGCUUAUGUUCAUUUGUAUCUGAAGCAGUAAGUUGAUGUUUUUACCUAUUACAUGUAUUUCUGUUGUAGCUGUGAAAUUUUAACUUCUUUGUAUCAAACUACAAAGUUUUCUGUAUAUACAUGUUUUUGGUGACUUGUAACUUUGCGAUUUUCGAAGUGUUAAUAUUUUUUCUCCUGGAAAUACUUAUCUCUUUUACCAGUGCAUCAUGGAGUUUUUAAAAAAGUUCUCUUAUGUUACUGACCAGUGGUCUUAGGGAAGCAAAUGUACACAGUAUGGUAUGGCUUUGACACGAUAGGUAUAUAUUAUGUACAAUAAUCAUAUGAUUUUUUGCUUUCUGCAGAGAACUAUUUUAAGAACAAUGUACUGAUAAACAUACACUAAUGACCAAAUAUAUUUUUUAGAGCUGAAAGGUGUUUUAUUGCUUUGCAGUGGUGUGGAUGUAGCGUUGUGUAUAACGUAAAACAUAAAUCUAUAAAAUUGUUUUAAAACAGAGUUAAAUAUCAGUUACUUCUUACGGCUUGUGAGGAAAAGAUUUUAUUACAGUAAAUAACAUAUUUCAUUUGUAAUGGUAUUAUGAUGUAUUGUUUAUUACCAGCCCUUUAUCCAAACAUUAAAUGGGGUUAUACAUAGUAA